GUGUAUUACAGAUUUCUCUGCUAUUGAAUUUCCUAUUAGUGACCUUUUUGAUUAUUAUUAUGAAAACUGCCAAGAUCCUUAUCAGAUUGGAAAAUUAGAAUCUAAACAAUACUUCUGGCUUCAACAAUUCCUGAAAAAUAAUCUUGAUCUCUUUAUCUAA